GCAAAAUCCGACCCUGGAAAAAAAGCGCAGCCACGUCUGUUUGAAGAUUAUUUUAUUGCAGCGAGGUAGGGCAGUUCAGUCAAUUUCUCCAUGAAUGUACGUCACAAUGAUGAUGACAGACCAGAUUCCGCUGGACUUGGCUCCGCCCCCCCUCCUGAACGGGGAGGUCCCACUCAUGCCGCACAUGGUUAACGGCGAUGCUGCACAGCAGGUGAUCCUGGUGCAGGUGAACCCGGGGGAGACGUUUACCAUCCGGGCGGAGGACGGCUCAUUGCAGUGCAUCCAGGGUCCUGCUGAGGUCCCCAUGAUGUCCCCCAAUGGGUCCAUCCCGCCCAUCCAUGUACCCCCAGGAUACAUUUCACAGGUGUUGGAGGACAACACGGGGGUCCGUCGGGUGGUGGUCACCCCCCAGUCUCCGGAGUGUUACCCCCCCUCCUAUUCUCCAGCUCUCUCUCCGACGCACCACCUGCCCCCUUACCUGACCCACCCCCACUUCAUCCCCAACUCCCACUCCUUCUACCCCCCAGUUAGUCCCGGGGAGCUGCCCCCCCACCAGUACUACCAGCACCACCUUCCCCCCAUGUACGGCGACCCAGAAAUCAUCCCGGUAUACGGGAUGUCAAACUACAUAGGCAGAGAGGAGACCUACAGUAAGCCGCAACCCAAGAAGAUGAAGGAACAGAGACCGCUUGAUAGACAGAACCGACUCAACUCCCCUCCCUCCACUGUGUACAAGGGCAGCUUGGGGCCAGCACACAACGGAUACAGCAACAAAUCACAUGCCCCGUCGCUUGGGUCGAUGGGGUCAGGAGGAGUGGGCAGUCCAGGAGGGAAGAAGCCUGAGAGACGACUCCGUAGCAGUCCCCGAAGCAGUGAACCAGAAACACACACACAGGAUCAUGACUCAGAGGGGAAGCGAGUUCAAGAUAUGCUCUCUACGAUCGACAAACCACAGGUGUCCAACGUGCAGGCACGGGCCGCGCGGCUGUCCUGGGCCCCUCCGGCAGGACUGGUGAAUCGCCAUAAUAAUGGAAUGCCUGUCUCCUGCUCCUACGAGGUGUCUCUGUCAGACAAGGGGCGAGACGGGAAGUACCGCCUCAUAUACAGUGGAGAUGAGUUGGAGUACAAUCUCAAAGAUCUAAGGCCAGCGACAGACUACCACGUACGGGUGACAGCGCUGUAUAACUCGGUGAGGGGCUCGAAUUCGGAGGCGGGCUCAUUCACCACACACAGCAGCGUCCCUGACAUCCCCUUCCCCCCGAAGCUGUCCCACCGCACCAAGAGCACCCUCACCCUACAGUGGAAGCCCCCGGGCGACAACGGAUCCAAAAUCACAAACUACCUGCUGGAGUGGGACGAGGGAAAGAAGAACAGUGUUUUCAGAGAAUAUUACUUUGGGAGCCAAAGACACUGUAAGCUGACACGACUGUUCCCUGCCAGUGGCUACACCUUCAGAUUGGCUGCACACAAUGAUAUAGGCACCAGCGGCUUCAGUACAGAGGUGGUGUUCUAUACCAUGGGCACGCUGCCUGCCCUGCCCCUGGCACCGCGGCUGGUUAGGGCAGGAGUAUCCUGGGUGACCCUGGAGUGGGGGCGUCCCGAGGGCAGCCCCAGCGAGGAGCAGCUCAAAUACACACUUGAGAUCCAGGAGGAUAACAGCGGAACGGACUUUCAUCCAAAUUACACUGGAGAAAACUUGACCUGUACUGUACAAGGCCUGAAGAGAAGUACACAGUAUAAAUUCAGGCUGAUUGCGUCAAACUCGGAGGGGAAGAGCAGUCCCAGUGAGGUGCUGGUGUGCACCACCAGUCCCGACAAACCAGGCCCCCCGUCUACACCCUGUGUCUCCACGGCUACGCCCUACGGAUUCACCGUCACUUGGGAUCCUCCCCAGGACAACGGGGGCUCAGAGGCUCUCACCUACCUGCUGGAGAUAUCAGAGGGAUCUUCUGAAAGUAACCAGUGGGAGGUGGCAUACAGUGGUCCGGCAACAGAAUGUGUGUGUGAACGCCUGACGCCUGGGACCUCCUAUCGCCUACGUGUGUGUAGCAUCAGCACCGGGGGACACAGCCCUUGUACUGUUAGUGUUCCAGUCCGUACGUUAAGCAUCCCUCCAGGACCUUGCCAGCCGCCAAGGAUUGUGGGUAAAGCCAAACAUAAGGAAGUGCAGUUAGAAUGGGAUUCUCCUCUCUCAGAAGGAGUGUGCGAGGAGUGUGUGUACAGUGUGGAAAUGAGUGAGGGCGACGCCGAGCCGGCAGAAGUGUACCAUGGGACGGAGCUGCAAUGCACUGUGGGAAGCCUGCUACCAGGAGCCACCUACAGCUUCCGUCUUCGUGCCGCCAACGAAGCUGGGUUUGGAGCAUACUCUGAGGCAACAGAGGUGACGACUGCAGCGGGUCCUCCCGGCCAGUGUGGGGCGCCAGUCAUCACUCUCACCAGCAACACCUGCCUAACGCUCAGCUGGGAGAGCCCUGAGGGGUCUGGCGCCGACAUCUCGGAGUACCGCCUGGAAUGGGCCCGUGAGGAGGAGCCCAUGGAGGUCAUCUACUCUGGAUCAGCCACACAGUGCGAACUGUCAGACCUGACGCCUGCCACGCUUUACUGCUGCAGGCUACAGGCAGUGAACCAGGCGGGUGCCGGGCCUUACAGUGAGCAGGUCAACUUCCAGACCCCCGCCACCAAUCCGGACCCAGUCUCCUCCCUUUCCCUGCUGGACCACACCCCAUCAGAGUCAGAUUACUCCCCCUCCACCUGCCUUUUCCUGAAGUGGGAGGAGCCCAACACCAACGGGGCAGAGAUCACCUCCUACGUCAUCACCGUGGAUGACCAGACCAUCACCGUGGAGUCGGGCACAGAUCACCUUGUCACGGGCCUGCAGCCAGACAGCGAGUACAGUGUGCAGAUCCAGGCGGUGAAUGCCAUUGGCUCGAGCCCGCUGAGCCAGCCCCUCCAGGUGAGGACACGCCCCCUCCCCCCCAGCCCGCCGCCUCUGGAAUGCCCGGCGGCCGGCCCCCAGAGUCUGAAGCUGAAGUGGGGCGAGAACGCCAGCAACACGCACACACGUGCCCUGCUCACAGACGACAUGGUGUACACACUACAGAUGGAGGACAAGAACCACAGGUUUGUGACCAUCUACCGCGGUCCCAGCCACACCUACAAGGUCCAGCGGCUGACUGAAUCCAGCAGCUACAGUUUCAGAAUACAGGCCAUCAGCGACGCAGGGGAGGGGCCCUUCUCUGACACACACACCUUCUACACCACCAAGUCUGUACCCCCCACACUCAAAGCUCCCAGAGUGCACCAGCUUGAGGGGAACACGUGCGAGAUCACAUGGGAGACCAUCCCACCGAUGAGAGGAGACCCCAUCAGCUACGUGCUUCAGGUGCUGGUUGGACGCGAGUCGGAGUACAAGCAGGUGUUCAAGGGAGAGGAAGGUGCGUUCCAGUUCCCCGGUCUCCAGAGCAACACAGACUACCGUUUCCGCGUGGGCACCUGCCGUCGUUGCCAGGACACCUGCCAGGAACUGUGCGGGCCGCUGAGCCCCUCCUCCCUGUUCACGCUGCGCCGCCAGGAGACGGUGUCAUCGGGGGAGCUGUGCGCCAUGGAGGCGGGCAAAGGGGCGGGCCUCAUCUCCAGCGACGAGCGCUUCGCGGCGCUGAUUGUGUGCGUGUUCGCAGGCUUCUCCAUCCUUAUCGCCUGCCUGCUGCAGUACUUCUUCAUGAAGUGAGGGAAUUUUCACCAUAGGAUAGAAAAGAGAAUCAAAAAAAAAAAACACAAGAGAGAAACUCGAAAAGAAAAAAAAACAACAACAAACAAAACAACGGAAAAAAAGAAAAAGAAGAAGAAGCAAAGCAACAGCAAACAUCUGCGAAAAGAACCGGAUGAAAUCAAAAAACACACACACACACAGACCAACACUUGAGAAGUACUUCUAACGCUACAUACGUUUUUGUAGUCCAAGUAUCAAUUCGGGCUUUCCUCGCCUUGUUCCUCCUGUAUCCCCCCCCCCCCCCCCCCUCUAUCUCUCGGUUUUGUCCC